UUUGAUAUUUUGUGAAACUGGCAACACAGGUUGAUCAAUUAAUGCACAUACUUCCAUACAGAGGCAAAAGGAUUUUAUUAGAAUAGUUUAGAACGGCGACGGAGACUGUGGCUCGUGGAUUGAAGUGAAACUAGUUUCUUUGGAGCUGUGUGAAAUGGACACUGCUGUCAAAACUGUUUCUUUCGAGCCAGAAAAAAUCCGUCACAACAUUCUCCAAAGAAACUAUCUCUGAAGUGGGGAAGACUCGCCAUGGAUGAGCUAAAACGAAAGCUUGUACUGCUUGAGGAGCAGAACAAAGCAUGGCGGACUCAACAGGAAGAAAUUGAGAAGAGAAUCCGGCUGGAUUACGAGUGCAAAUUAAAACAAUUGAAUGAGGAUUACGAGAGAGCGGCAACGGAAAUCGAUUUAAAAUUUGGUGCACGUAAGGCAGCAAUCAUAUCAAAAUAUUACGGGCAAAGCACUUGCAAAAAACCGGCGAACGAAGAAAAACAGCGAAAUUCUUUCAGUGACAAAACAAAAUCACUCCAUGAAUUCGAUAGAAUAUUUUGUUUUGGUGCCGCAGAUUCCCUCCAAACUGCUACUCAUCAAACACAAACGUACGUAUCGCAAAAGAAAAUUGAAAUUAAACCAGUAGGCCAAGCGCUGCAAAACCGUAGAGAUGCAUCGACGAUAACCGUGCGCCGUCCUGGCCAUCGAACGAGCUCGGAUGAGUACAUCAGUUCAUACACCGCCGCACAGAAUAAGGGUAACAAAGAGUUCGAUUUGGCGUACGAUUCAAAGCAAAGCAGGUUAUUUGGCGUAUUAAAGGAAAGUGUGAAAGAAAUUGUAGAUCGUUUUGGGAGAACAAAAACUUUUGAUCCAGGCGGGACUGAUAAGGGAACAGAUUUCAAGUGAAGUUUAGAAAAGCGCAAUGGACCCGUUUUGCUAGUUUCACGGGUGGGAGUGUUAAGUGAAGUUUGAUAUUUUGUGAAACUGGCAACACAGGUUGAUCAAUUAAUGCACAUACUUCCAUACAGAGGCAAAAGGAUUUUAUUAGAAUAGUUUAGAACGGCGACGGAGACUGUGGCUCGUGGAUUGAAGUGAAACUAGUUUCUUUGGAGCUGUGUGAAAUGGACACUGCUGUCAAAACUGUUUCUUUCGAGCCAGAAAAAAUCCGUCACAACAGACACUAUUUCCUUGGCAUUUCGAAAAGAGAAUUGGCUACAAUCUACGGGAAAGCUGUUUCAACAAUCUACGAUUGGGUUUUACGAUACGAACGUGAUGGAGUGUUCCGGAGGAAACAACGUGACCGUAUUUACAGAAAAUUCAACAUCGAAACGAGAGAAUGGGUCGUGAACCUCUACCGGAAUGAACCAAUCCUAUUUCUCGAUGAAGCCAAGCAAAGAUUUCAACAUCAUUUUCAAAUUUCCAUCAGUGUUUCUUCAAUUUGCACUAUCUUACAUGAAUCAGGGCUUAGCUGGAAAACGAUAGAACGGCGAGCAAUACAAAUCCGAGACUCUGAGAUAAUUAGAUUCGUUCAGGAAAUGCUCUCCAUUCAAUGGGACUUAUAUAAUUUAGUUUUUCUGGAUGAAGUUUCCUUUGAUAACAAGGACAUGCUACGCAGGAAGGGAUAUGGAGUGGUUGGACAAAAACUGAUCUACCGUGGAGAGUUUUCUAGGAAACCAAGAGUGUCUUUUCUAUGUUUUCUCGGAUUAGGUGGAAUGCUGGAUAGUUUUUGGAUAGAAGGAACUUUCAACAGAAGGAAAUUUUUUGAAUGCUGCCGUACGUUUGCGUUGAAUAAUAAUCUCGUUCAAAACUAUCCAGGGCUCCACUCAAUCUGGAUUCUAGAUGGCGCUCGCAUACAUUGCGACCCACACAUUAUCCGCUAUCUAAGAUCUAUUGGCAUCAUUCCCAUAUUCCUUCCUGCGUACUGUCCUUUUUUCAAUCCCAUUGAAAUUGUUUUCGGUUUAAUUAAAAGACAUCUACAGAGAUAUCACCAAGAAAAUGCAUCGAUAUUGGAGGAAGUUUGUGAAGGAAUGAACUACUUUAAAGUUUAUCCCUGCCACAAGCUUUUCGAAAAUUGUGGGUACAUGUCUGGAGGUGUGUUCAUUCCUGAAAAAGGCUUGAGCCAAGACCCAAAAUACAUGGACUUUAAUGUAUUUCCAAGAUAAGUUUUCAAAUAAAAUUAUAAUUUAUUUAUGUAAAACGUUGAAUGUUUUUAUUUCAUUAAAACAAAAUGGAAGAAGGUAAAAAAGCCAUUUAGAUUC